CCCGACGCCGCCCGUGAGCCUGGGGAACCUGCAGCUCAAAGCCGCCGCCAGCCACAGCACCAUGUACCCCGGGAACAAGCGGAAAAAGGUCUGGAGGGAAGAGAAAGAACGCUUAUUGAAGAUGACGCUGGAAGAAAGGCGUAAAGAAUACUUACGGGAGUAUGUUGCUCUGAAAGAUAUCCCAACGUGGAUGGAAGAAAUGAAUAAGAAUCAAAAUGAUGAGGAGAACACGAAAGAAGCUCUGCCAGUGAAGAAAAGCCUAAGCGAGAAAGUCUCCCUUUACAGAGGUGAUAUUACACUGCUUGAGAUUGAUGCCAUAGUUAAUGCAGCUAAUUCAAGUCUGCUUGGAGGCGGCGGCGUGGAUGGCUGUAUACACAGAGCAGCUGGUCCCUGUCUAGUGGCCGAAUGCCGCAACCUGAGUGGCUGUGAAACCGGACAAGCCAAAAUUACUUGUGGGUAUGACCUGCCUGCGAAAUAUGUCAUUCAUACCGUGGGUCCUAUAGCACGAGGGCAUAUUAGUGAUACCCAUAAAGAAGACCUGGCAAAUUGCUACAAAUCCUCGCUGAAACUGGCAAAAGAGAAUAUCAUCAGGUCCAUUGCGUUCCCGUGUAUUUCAACAGGAAUUUAUGGUUUUCCAAACGAUCCAGCUGCCGUCAUCGCGCUUACCACCAUCAAGGAAUGGUUGAGCAAGAAUUAUCAGGAGAUGGAUCGUGUCAUUUUUUGUGUGUUUUUGGAAGUUGACUACAAAAUAUACAAGAAGAAAAUGAAUGAGUUCUUCCCGACAGAUGAAGACAAUGAGCAAGAGAGUGAAAUGAAUGAGAACGCAGAGGGAGUGGAGCAGAAAGGCCGGUCUCCGUCACCCGUGAAAUGCAAACCAAAGGAAUCGGAAAACCUGGAGGAUGAUAACGAGGGUAGGUGGUAUUAA